GGCUCUUUAGUGGCUCCUUAACAACUACCUUUAAUUAGCAGCUGUGUAGGCGCUUUGGCAGUGUUGGUGUCUGAUUAUUUUAGCUAUGGGAUACUAAUGAAUGCUUGGAAUGACUGGUGUAAUUUAUAGUGUACUUCUUUGUAAGCUUGUUAAUGUUUAUUGGGGAAUACUUGGCAACUAAAUUCAAAAUACAGUUUUUCCGUUCUGUGUAUUUACAAUAUGUGUGACCCCUUAGCCCUGAGUAUCCGAGGUGUGCCGGAGGAGGAACCCCCUGACCCCCAGGAGCUGAGGCUGGACAACAUGCUGCUAGCGGAGGGAGUGGCCGGUCCAGAGAAGAGCAGAGCAGCUACAGCUGCAGCUCUGGCCGCGGCCACAGGGGGGUCGUCCAGCGAUGAGAGCUCCGAGCACGCAGACUACAGGGAGAAGCUGGCUCAGAUACGGAUGAUCUACCACACGGAGCUGGACAAAUAUGAACAGGCUUGUAACGAGUUCACUGGUCAUGUGAUGAACCUGCUGAGGGAACAGUCUCGUACUCGCCCUAUCUCUCCCAAAGAAAUAGAGUGCAUGGUGUCUAUUAUACAUCGAAAGUUCAGUGCCAUCCAGAGGCAGCUCAAGCAGAGCACCUGUGAAGCUGUGAUGAUUCUGCGCUCUAGAUUUCUAGAUGCACGGAGGAAGCGUCGUAACUUCAGCAAGCAGGCUACAGAAAUUUUGAAUGAAUAUUUUUACUCCCAUCUAGCAAACCCUUAUCCCAGCGAAGAAACCAAAGAGGAGCUGGCCAAGAAGUGCUCCAUCACAGCUGCUCAGGUGUCCAACUGGUUUGGAAACAAGAGGAUUCGCUACAAGAAAAACAUUGCCAAGUUCCAAGAGGAAGCUAACAUGUAUGCCAUGAAAACAGCUAUGGACGCUACCAGUCACAUGUCACAGGCCAGCUCUCCAGCCACACCAAACUCAGGAGGAUACGCAGCCUCAUGUUAUACUCCUGAUGGGAUGCUGUAAUGUCUUGAGUUAAAGAUUGUUUGAUAGUUUUCAUCUACUCAACAAUACAUGAGGUCCUCAUCUACUCUCCAAAUCCAUCUCCCUGUAUUCACUUUUGAAAUAAACAACCUUUAAACAAUUUUGUAUGCCUUUGAUCAUUAGUUACUCAGAAGCAUUAUAUUCAUGUGAUGUAAAGUGCUGGGGUUAUCAAUGUUUUGGGAAAAUAUGUUAAAUGUCU